AUGGAUACUUUAAACAUCACUGGGUAUUUAAAAUAUGGCUACACGAUCAUACAGUUGUAUCCUUGCAUAAAGGAUUACUCAGAUGACCUUGGAAGCAAGUCAAAGAUCAAUAAAUCAGAAUCGGGAGGGGAGAUCAUCUGUGUCAGUUUCCUUGAUAAGAGUUCCUCUGGCGGCCCCUGUCUGUGUGAGCAGUUAUCAAAAUCUAGUCGUACUAGCUUUCGCCCCACCCCCCUCCCCCUCCCCACGUGGAAGCAAAGAAGGAAACAGCCCUGUAAGCUCUCCCAGGGCAACUGUCAGCCUCCCCGUGGGACGUUUGCCUCCUGCCCAAGGAGAAACGUUCCCUCUGGAGGUUUGGGUGGCCACCAGUUCCCCGACGUCCGGGCCCAGCAGGCUUUUCCGCUGAAGCAAGGAGAGCAGGCCGCACCGAGCCUGUGGGAACCAGCCCACGGCCCGCCCCGCCUGCGCCGCCCAGCGUCAGCCACGACCCCUGCCUCAGCGGGCCGCGGCGGAGCCAUGCAAGAAGCCCUAGUGGAAGUGGAGCCCCGGGCUGCGCUGGCCCAACCUGCCGAGAACACUGUGCCCUCGGAGGCCGAGGCCGGGAAAGCCAGGGGAAAAAACCCGCUCUUCAGGAUCUUUCCAGCUAACCUAAUCAAGUUCAGAAGGUUCAGAAAAAGAGAAAGAGACCAGGCUGGGUCCACGCCUUCCAGUAUCAAGAAGGUACGGGAAAAACAGAAAGAGAGUUUGGAGGGGCCCUGCGGCUUGGGCUGUAUGACUUUUCCCCGCUGUCAGCGUUUUAACAACAUCCGUUGCUUCCUGAUUUUCUUCUGCAUCCUGCUCAUCUCUCAAUGUAUUGUGUUUGGUCUUGUAGAUCUGAGCACUGGCAAUUUUCAGAAGGAGAAUCAUCUGAAAACCACUGAGAAUUUAGUGCUGUCAUUGACCUAUGAUAUUUCAUCUUGCCUGGUAGUAGUGUUCAUAGCAUAUUAUGGAGGGAAAGGAAACAUACUAGGAUGGAUUACAGUUUCCUCCUUUUUAGUAGGAUCUGGAUCACUUUUAUUUGCUUUUCCAUACUUUAGUGGUGGAAAUUAUAAAAUGACGGUAGAAACUGAAGAUACUUGCCAAGAAAUGAAGAUGGUCAAGGCUUGCAAGAAAGCUUCAUUAUCAUUCCAAUCAAAAUAUAUGACGUUCUUCAUCCUUGGGCAGAGUGUGCAGGGAAUAGCAGCUAUACCUCUUUAUGUCCUUGGAGUAACCUUUAUUUAUAACAGCGUUGCCACACACUCAGCUGGUAUUUAUCUAGGCCUUGUGGAAGCUGCAGGAAUACUCGGAUAUGCUUUGGGAUAUGCAAUAGGAGCACCCUUAAUUAAGGCCUCUGUGAACAGUACUUUUGAGACAAGUGUUGAAGACAGUGAUGAUAAUGAACGCUGGCAGCAGAGUUGGUGGAUUCAUUUUGUUAUUAUUGCAGUUAUUGCAUGGUCUACAUCAAUACCAUUUUCAUGCUUUCCACACGGUAUUCGAGGCACAGCGAGGAUAAAAGCCGGAGAACGUAAACAGCCUCAUUUGUUGGACAGAGAUCAAACAAAAGAUCAGGAGUUUGGAGCUAGUAUCAAGGAUUUAUUUGCUACUUUUGGGAUUCUGAUCAAGAAUCCAGUGUUUGUGUACCUAUCCCUGUCCAGAGCUUCAGAAUAUUUAAUUAUCAUUGGAGCAUCUGAAUUUUUGCCUCUAUACAUAGAAAAUCAGUUUAUAUUAACACCCAGUGAAGCAACUGCACUUGCAGGACUUGUUUUAAUUCCAGGAGGUGCUCUUGGCCAGAUUCUGGGAGGUAUCAUUAUUUCCAAGUUACAAAUGUCUUGUAAAGGCCUUAUGAGAUUUGUAAUGGUUACAUCUGCUGUAACACUUGUACUCCUUGCAUUUGUAAUUUUUGUACACUGUGAUUCAAUACCAUUUGCUGGGAUCACUGAAGAUUAUGGCGGAACAGGGCAGUUGGGAAACCUGACAGCUCCUUGCAAUUCUCAUUGUAAAUGCUCAUCUUCAUUUUAUUCUGCUACAUGUGGAAGAAAUGAUAUUCGAUAUUUUUCUCCUUGUUUUGCAGGUUGUACAUAUUCUAAAACAUUAAAGAAUCACAAGACAUAUUACAAUUGUUCUUGCAUUAAAGAAGGAUUAACAACCUCAGAUAAUCAAGGUGACUUUAUUGACGCUAGACAUGGGACAUGUGAUCCAAAGUGCUAUAAAUUACCUUUGUUCAUUGCUUUUAUCUUUUCUACAAUUGUAUUUUCUGCUUUUGCUGGUGUACCAAACAUCCUGACCAUCCUUCGGAUUGUAUCUGACAAACAACGUUCUCUGGCCAUGGGUGUGACCUUUGUGAUUUUGAGAAUAUUUGGGACUAUACCUGGACCAGUAAUUUUUAAAAUAGUGGGAGAAACUUCUUGCAUCCUUCGGGAUACUGAGCGCUGUGGAAGCAUUGGAAGUUGUUGGAUCUAUAACAAGACAAAAAUGGCCUACCUGUUGACAGGAGUAUGUUUUAUUUGCAAAGUAGUUACUAUCUUCUUCACUGCUAUUGCAUUUGGCCUAUAUAAAUAUUUACCACAGGAAAACAGUGACAUCCGGCCUACAGUUGUGAAGAAUCUAAAAGUUAAAAAAAAGGAAAGAACUGGAUCAUCAUUAUGUAAGAAUUACACAUUGUCAAUCUAUCAAUGGGAUAUUAUUAAUAAAAUUUAA